AUGGCUGAGAUCCUCUUCGAGGGCUCCGCUAAGCUCCUCCUUUCGGUUGUUUAUCGACCACCUCAUUGUGGCAAUCUAUCAGAGUUUUUCAACACUUUCCGGGAUCUCGAACUUCUCUACUCACACACCAUCAUCUUGGGCGACUUUAAUGCUGACCUCUCCACCGCCUCCUUCGACGCUGGGCAGAUCCUGAAUUUCGUGGAUGGUGCCAACAUGCACCUGGUACCCUACACCAACACCCAUCACACCAGGUCAUCCUCCACCUGGCUUGACCUCUGUAUUGUCGACGACCCUGAAAAGGUUGUCAACUCCGGACAGCACGACGUUAGCUUCCUCUCCUCGCAUGAUCUCAUCUACAUUGCCUACAAGAUCAGGGUUGAAAGGACAAAGAUCAGGAACGUCUGGGCAAGGGACUUCAGGUUCUUUGACCACGAGAAGUUCUCCAGGGAUCUAUUAGCUAAGAACUGGAACGAGUUCUACAUUGCUAACGACGUCGAUAGUAAGGUCGAACUAUUUAACUCCUUUCUACUGGAGUGCUUCGACCAGCAUGCACCGGAGCGUCUUACUAGGCCUCGGAAGCUCCCUGCACCCUGGCUAAGCGACGAGAUCAAGCGCAGGAUGCGCGAAAGGGAUAGGGCCAGGAGAUUGUGGAGAAAACACAAAUGCGAUCGACUAUACAGCCUGUUCAGGGUUCUCAGGAACGAUGUCCAGACGCUGGUGAGAAACGCCAAGAAGGAAUACUACACCAAUUUCUUCAGGAAUUGCAGGGACCCUGGCACUAUGUGGAACAGUCUGAGGCACCUAGGAAUUAUCAAAUCGAGGAACUCUGGAUGUCCGCUACCAUGUUCUCUAGAUGAGCUCAACCUCCACUUCGCCUCUGCCGGCGAUAGAGAAGAGGCACCGAAACCUGAGCAGCUGCACGCGGACGACGGCGCUUUCGACGACAGCAGAUUCUACUGGGGCAUUGUGACACCGGAGGAAAUCGUUUCGGCGCUCUCAAGAGCACGCUCCCAGGCCAGGGGCAUUGACAGGCUCCCUAGUAGAUUGCUGCGCCUCGCUCUCCCGUGUCUUCUGCCGGAGAUGCUGCAUAUUUUCGAGAGCUCUUUUGCACUCAAUACCUUCCCUACCUUGUGGAAGCGUGCGCUAGUUGUUCCGCUGCCCAAGUGUAGGGCGCCCGAAUCUCCUCAGCAUUUCAGGCCUAUCUCCCUGUUAUGCAGCAUUUCCAAGGUCCUCGAGAAGAUUGCUGCCAGGCAGAUCACCGAGUAUCUGGAGAGCAGGGAUCGCCUGGAUCCAUAUCAGUCUGCCUACAGGCGUGGUUUCUCCACCCAGACUGCCCUGAUCAGGAUGCUUGACGACGUGAGAUAUGCCGCUGACAGAAGGAUGGUGACUGUGUCUGUCUUCUUCGAUUUCAUCAAGGCCUUCGAUUGCGUAUCUCAUAGACUGCUCAUCAACAAGUUAGCUUCCCUCGGACUCUCAAGCUCUGUACUGAGCUGGUUCCGCUCAUACCUCUCAGACAGAAGCCAGGCAGUAAAGGACACCUCUGGCUGCAAUGUUUCAUCUUUCAUUGAGAUAGGAUGUGGAGUACCUCAAGGCUCU